AUGAGCUUCCUUGGAAUUCCUGACAGCGUUUUGCAGUUCCUGAUAGCUUUGUUUACAAGUAUAAUGAUGAACAAGUUCCUCCCAGCGGACAUUGCUAUAGAUCUUACUGAAAGGUAUUCAUGGACCACUAUGGACCCACAAACGCUUAUGAUGGUGAUGUUGCCGCCAUUGUUGUUCGAAUCAUCGUUCAAGAUCAACUCACAUAUGUUCUUCGCAAAACUUCGUCUUAUUGUCUGCCUGACUGUUGUCGCUUACUUCAUAACGCUCUUUGUGGCAACCGCUUUUAUGCUACCAAUGGUAAUUCAAACGCAAAAAUUCAACAUUUCUGCAGUCUUCUUGUUUGUUGCUAUAAUUGUGGCGACUGACCCGGUGGCAGUUGUUGCAAUUUUGGAACAGUAUGGCGCACCUUAUCGAUUGAGGAUUCUUAUUGAAGGCGAAUCUUUGUUAAAUGAUGGACUAGCCCUGACUACCUAUCGUUUUCUAUUUGAUAUUUUCAAGGUGGAGAUAGGAGUGCUGAAGAAAAUCGACCUACCGCAACAGUUUUUUUCGUUAUUUAUGAACGUAGUCGCGUCACCACUCUUUGGCGUGAUUGGUGCAAAGAUUGUAGCAUGGAUCAUCUCCAAGCUACGAGAAAAUAAGAAGAGACAGGCUUUCAUUUUGGUGUCUGUAUACGGUGUGUUCAAUCUGUGCGAAAAAUGCUCAGGUUCUCCUGCACUCGGUCUAGUCGUGUUCGGAAUUAUGCUAAGCUCAUAUAGGGAAAUGUUUGCUCCAGAAACAUCACAGAUGGCUUUGGAGCUGUGGGCUGCUAUGGGGUAUUGGGCCAACAAUGUCAUUUUCAUUUUUGCUGGGUUUUGUGUUGGAAACGAGAUGUUUACACACAACGCCGGCAGACAGCUUCGAGACACUGAUUACCUGGAGAUCGAAAUUGAAGACCUUAUAACGCUGAUAGAAGGAAUGCUAUUGGCGCCCAUACCUCUCGUUGCUAGGAUAGCAUCGAUUUUUUUGUUCUACAAGUACCAUGGUUUGCUAUCUUCGCGGUCGCUACCUCCAAGAAGGGAUUUCAUAAUUCUUGCCUACGCAGGCCUUCGUGGAGCACUGGGUCUCAUUCUGGCUAUGGAACUGCGUCAUAGGAUUGGUGGAACGUUAACAAAGAAAAUCUUGCUGCUUACAUGUUCUACUACUUUCAUAUGUCUUGUCUUCCAGGGUAUGACAUUUUCGAAUUUGGCUACAAAAGAAGGCACUACUAAACGGUCCAAAUAUGUGAAGGAUACGUGCGUUCGUUUGUGUCGGUUCCUGAAUGUUAAGAUAAUUCAGAUCAGGGAAGCUCUACAUGUAAUGCAGCACAACCGUAAACUGUACCUCAUUGGGGCAAAUUGGCAUGUAGUGGAAACGCAAGUUAGAGGAUGCCUUGACAAACAUGCAGCGGAAAUGGAAGACGAAAUGAUGAUUCAACAACAAGACGACUUGGUUCAAAGUGACCGUUCCGAUGAAGAAAACUGCAAACAGGAAUUGAAUAAGGAUGUAAUUGACGCCAGAGUCGGCUUUUACGGCAUCUUGCUAGCUCGGGUGCACGACGCUUGGGCUCGUGGUGCUCUAUCUGGAAGUACAGCACACGUCAUUAUUACCAUUCUGGAACACGGUAUCGAUGAAGGCAGAAUAACCGCAGAUGAUAUCGAACACCAUUUGGGAAUCAUCGAACUUAAUUGCUUUGACAGAAUGAUGUGCAAAUUAUCAGAGUUUCUAUUUAACUGGAUUUGUCAUGAUACGUGGCUGAACAAAUUCGCUGAGAUUGGAGAUCAUCCCUUGUUGUCAAUAGAGAAAUCGAACGUUGUUACAUACGUCACCAGAAGAACUUUUGAAAGAUGGUGGAUUUUCCACACAGGACUUAUGUGCAUCUAUACUAUUCUUCUUGCCUACGUGAACUACGACGAAGUUAGCGAUGUCACAAGAGCCGUAAUAUACAUGCUUUGCUCUGUCACAUGGAUUAUGAAUGUGUUACAAACUAUUUAUGUUUUCCACAAAGAUGACGUUAGAUGGCGUCAAAAAUACGACGAAUUUAAGUUAAGCGGAGGUAAACGACCUCACAGAACCUUUAUUGAUCGUCUCACAUCGAAGGAGUUUGUGCCUAAUAUCUUUCUAUGCGUCUUGAAUACUACGUCAUUUAUCUUAAGCAUUAUAAUACUGCAUGAAGGAUAUUGUAUUACAGGAAAGGACUUUCACAGUGUUCAAUGUCAAUGCCUUCGGCAUUCCGCAUUUGUGAUGAUGUUACUGGCAACCUUGUAUAAGUUAACAAGAAUGACACCACUCUUUGUUGUGGUUCUUAGGGAGCACUGUAUAGAGAUGAUGUUACUACGAGCAAGGAUUCGACUAGCUAUAUUCCACUAUCUCAACUAUCUGAUGACGGAAACGAAGAUAUCGCCCGAUUUAUUUAGCGAAGCUGCUUACAAAACUGCCCGCAAAGAAGUAACGGUGUUUAAUCAGGUGAUCGAAGGCUUGAUGCGAUUAGAGCUAAAGGAAAACCCUUCCAAAAUUGAUGUGGUGCCGGUUAUGAAGACGAGACAGGCGAUCAGAAUGAUGAGCUAUGAAAUGCAAGAAAUUUUAAAUGUUCUGAAAACGGAAGGAUUUAUGCCGGCUGAUUCGGAGGAGAAAUGGGGAGAAGUGGUGACCGAACUACGUGUCAGUGCUGACGGUAUUUUAUGGACACCAAAAUUGGCGUUCUUAGAUUGGCUAGAAUGCAUUAAAUGGAUAGGAUCGCUUCGCGAAAGCAGCAGACAGAAAGUUGUCGAAAUCUUAAACAAUGCUCUGUGCUCAUCACCGGUGAGUACAAGAACAUUAUGA